GAUAAACCUAGUUGAAAUCAAUCAGUGAGGGGGUACCUAUAGUCAAUAGCACCUUGUAUUCAGAAUAUAUGUUCCCUAUUGCCUGAAAAAUGAAUUCGAUUAUCUUAAUUUUAUUUGCAUACUGCACCUGGAUGGGGACAGUUAUAGCUGGUGAUAUCAAAAAUACUGGGGAAAUACGGAGGAAUGCUGUCCACAUUUGUUCAAGAGAAAUUAUAGAAUGUCCUGAAAUUGACGGACCAGAUUCCCUAUAUGAACCUCUGGAAGAUUGUACUAAAUUUUGUCAGUGCUCCAAUGGUAUUGCGUAUGUCCACAACUGCUCAAGUGGGUUGCAUUUCAACCCUGUAUUAAACGUUUGUGAUUAUCCUGAAAGAGCAGGGUGCGAUGGUGGUAUCAAGAAUGAAAGUAGUAAUGAGGAUUCCGAUGGAGAAAGUGGAAAUGAAAUCGAGGAAAACGGCAUCGACAGAAAUGGUUGUCAGUUGCAAUGUCCUGAAAUCGAUGGACCAGAUUCCAUAUAUGGACCUCUGGAAGAUUGUACCAAGUUUUGUCAGUGCUCCAAUGGUAUUGCGUAUGUCCACAACUGCUCAAGUGGAUUGCAUUUCAACCCUGUAUUGAACGUUUGUGAUUAUCCUGAUAGAGCAGGGUGCGAUGGUGGUGCCCACAAUGAAAGUGGUGAAGAUAAUUCCAAUCAAGAAAGUGGAAAUGAAAUCGAGGAAAAUGGCAUCAGUGCAAAUGGUUGUCAGUUGCAUUGUCCUGACAUCGACGGACCAGAUUCCAUAUAUGCACCUCUGGAAGAUUGUACUAAGUUUUGUCAGUGCUCCAAUGGUAUUGCGCAUGUCCACAACUGCUCAAGUGGUUUGCAUUUCAACCCUGUAUUGAACGUUUGUGAUUAUCCUGAUAGGGCAGGGUGCGAUGGUGGUACCCACAAUGAAAGUGGUGAAGAUAAUUCCAAUCAAGAAAGUGGAAAUGAAAUCGAGGAAAAUGGCAUCAGUGCAAAUGGUUGUCAGUUGCAAUGUCCUGAUAUCGACGGACCAGAUUCCAUAUAUGGACCUCUGGAAGAUUGUACUAAAUUUUGUCAGUGCUCCAAUGGUAUUGCGUAUGUCCACAACUGCUCAAGUGGAUUGCAUUUCAACCCUGUAUUGAACGUUUGUGAUUAUCCUGAUAGAGCAGGGUGCGAUGGUGGUGCCCACAAUGAAAGUGGUGAAGAUAAUUCCAAUCAAGAAAGUGGAAAUGAAAUCGAGGAAAAUGGCAUCAGCGCAAAUGGUUGUCAGUUGCAAUGUCCUGACAUCGACGGACCAGAUUCCAUAUAUGCACCUCUGGAAGAUUGUACUAAGUUUUGUCAGUGCUCCAAUGGUAUUGCGCAUGUCCACAACUGCUCAAGUGGUUUGCAUUUCAACCCUGUAUUGAACGUUUGUGAUUAUCCUGAUAGGGCAGGGUGCGAUGGUGGUACCCACAAUGAAAGUGGUGAAGAUAAUUCCAAUCAAGAAAGUGGAAAUGAAAUCGACGAAAAUGGCAUCAGUGCAAAUGGUUGUCAGUUGCAAUGUCCUGACAUCGACGGACCAGAUUCCAUAUAUGGACCUCUGGAAGAUUGUACUAAGUUUUGUCAGUGCUCCAAUGGUAUUGCGCAUGUCCACAACUGUUCAAGUGGUUUGCAUUUCAACCCUGUAUUGAACGUUUGUGAUUAUCCUGAUAGAGCAGGGUGCGAUGGUGGUACCCACAAUGAAAGUGGUGAAGAUAAUUCCAAUCAAGAAAGUGAAAAUGCAAUCGAGGAAAAUGGCAUCAGCACAAAUGGUUGUCAGUUGCAAUGUCCUGAUAUCGACGGACCAGAUUCCAUAUAUGGACCUCUGGAAGAUUGUACUAAGUUUUGUCAGUGCUCCAAUGGUAUUGCGUAUGUCCACAACUGCUCAAGUGGUUUGCAUUUCAACCCUGUAUUGAACGUUUGUGAUUAUCCUGAUAGGGCAGGGUGCGAUGGUGGUACCCACAAUGAAAGUGAAGAUAAUUCCAAUCAAGAAAGUGAAAAUGAAAUCGAGGAAGAUGGCAUCAGCACAAACGGUUGUCAGUUGCAAUGUCCUGAUAUCGACGGACCAGAUUCCAUAUAUGGACCUCUGGAAGAUUGUACUAAAUUUUGUCAGUGUUCCAAUGGAAUUGCUCAUGUCCACAACUGCUCAAGUGGUUUGCAUUUCAACCCUGUAUUGAACAUUUGUGAUUAUCCUGAUAGAGCAGGGUGCUAUGAUGGUAGCAACUCAAACGGUUGUGAGUUGGGUAAGUGAUAGGGAGAAUAUAAAAUCAAUUCAUUUUUAACCCUUAUACUUGAAGUGUAGUAUUGGAGACUGUGGUUAAUCAAUCAAAUACAAAAAUAUACCCAAAAUUCUACGAUAAUAUUCAGUUUUACUGAAGAUGGCAACUUGCGGUUGCAGAAAUACGUAUUCAGGCUUAUUGAAUUAUUAUCGUAGUAUUUUGGUUUGAUUUUCGUUCUUGACCAUUAUAGUUAUUCAUUUGUUUUUCAGAAUGUCCUGAAAUCGACGGACCAGACUCCAUAUAUGGUCCUUCGAGGGAUUGUACUAAAUUUUGUCAGUGUUCCAAUGGAAUUGCUCAUGUCCACAACUGCCCGAGUGGGUUGCAUUUCAAUCCUAUAUUGAACGUUUGUGAUUAUCCUGACAGAGCUCAAAAUUCUCGCUGUUCGGAUACUGGAUAAUGAAAAGCAUUAUUCAAUGAGAGAUAAUAAUAUGUACUAUUUUUUAGAAUAAUAAAUAUAUAUCUUGUGGG